CGAGCCGGGCGUCUGCUGCAGCGGCCGCGGCGGCGGAGGAGGCCGGAGAGGAGUCGGCGGCAGUGGCGGCGGGAUCAGCAGCAGCAGCAGCAGCUGCCACGAGCUUUCUGUCCCGCAGAAACCCUAGGAGCCUCUCACCCCGUCGUCCUCAACGCUGCCUGACCCUGCCGACUCGUCCUCCCUCUGCCAGCCCCGGCAGCGCCCCCAGUUGUCCUCCGACUCGCCCUCGGCCUUCCGCGCCAGCCGCAGCCACAGCCGCAACGCCAGCCGCAGCAACAGCUCCAGCCACCCGAACAGCCCCAGCCCCAGCGCCUGCUGCAGGUUCUCCAGGCACGGUCCCUGCGCCGACACCCUGGAGGUUGGGAUGCUCUUGUCCAAAAUCAACUCGCUCGCCCACCUGCGCGCCGCGCCCUGCAACGACCUGCACACCACCAAGCUGGCGCCGGGCAAAGAGAAGGAGCCCCUGGAGUCGCAGUACCAGGUGGGCCCGCUACUGGGCAGCGGCGGCUUCGGCUCAGUCUACUCAGGCAUCCGUGUCGCCGACAACUUGCCGGUGGCCAUCAAACACGUGGAGAAGGACCGGAUUUCCGACUGGGGAGAGCUGCCCAAUGGCACCCGCGUGCCCAUGGAAGUGGUCCUGCUGAAGAAGGUGAGCUCGGGCUUCUCCGGCGUCAUUAGGCUCCUGGACUGGUUCGAGAGGCCCGACAGUUUCGUCCUGAUCCUGGAGAGGCCCGAGCCGGUGCAAGACCUCUUCGACUUUAUCACGGAAAGGGGGGCCCUACAAGAGGAGCUGGCCCGCAGCUUCUUCUGGCAGGUGCUGGAGGCCGUGCGGCACUGCCACAACUGCGGGGUGCUUCACCGCGACAUCAAGGACGAGAACAUCCUCAUCGACCUCAAUCGCGGCGAGCUCAAGCUCAUCGACUUCGGGUCGGGGGCGCUGCUCAAGGACACCGUAUAUACAGAUUUCGAUGGGACCCGAGUGUAUAGUCCUCCAGAGUGGAUCCGCUACCAUCGCUACCAUGGCAGGUCCGCAGCUGUCUGGUCCCUGGGGAUCCUGCUGUAUGAUAUGGUGUGUGGAGAUAUUCCUUUUGAGCACGAUGAAGAGAUCAUCAGGGGCCAAGUUUUUUUCAGACAGAGAGUCUCUUCAGAGUGUCAGCAUCUAAUUAGAUGGUGCUUGGCUCUGAGACCAUCAGAUCGGCCAUCCUUUGAAGACAUCCAGAAUCAUCCUUGGAUGCAAGAUGUCCUCCUGCCCCAAGAGACUGCUGAGAUCCAUCUCCACAGCCUGUCACCAGGGCCUAGCAAAUAGCAGCCUUUCUGGCAGGUCCUCCCCUCCCUAUCAGAUGCUCAAGGAGGGGAAGCUUCUGUCUUCAGCUUCCCGAUUACCGGUGACACUUUCGCCAAGCAGGACAGUGCUUGAUACAGGAACAACAUUUACAACUCAUUCCAGACCCCAGGCCCCUGGAGGCUGCCUUCCCAAUAGGGCAGAAGAGACUCCACUCCAGGUGUCCUAGGCCUCAACUCCUCCCAUAGACACUCUCUCCUUCUCAUGGAUGUCCAGCAUUGCUGGACUCCGCAAAAUCCCGGGGUGGGGGGUGGGGGUGGGAGAACCCUGCCAUGAAACUGUUCCCUUCAUCACUGAGUUCUGCUGAAUGCCGCGAUGGGUCGGGUAGGGGGAAAACAGGUUGGGAUGGGAUAGGACUAGCACCAUUUUAAGUCCCUGUCACCUCUUCCGACUCUUCUGAGUGCCUUCUGUGGGGACUCCGGCUGUGCUGGGAGAAAUACUUGAACUUGCCUCUUUUACCUGCUGCUUCUCCAAAAAUCUGCCUGGGUUUGGUUCCCUGUUUUCCUCCCCCCCCCCUCCUCCAUAUGAAAGGUGCCAUGGAAGAGGCUACAGGGCCAAUUGCCGAGCCACCUGCCCUUUUUCUGCCUCCUUUAGUAAAACUCCCAGUGAACUGGUCUUCCUUUUUGGUUUUUACUUAACUGUUUCAAAGCCAAGACCUCACACACACAAAAUGCACAAACAAUGCAAAUCAACAGAAAAGCUGUAAAUGUGUGUACAGUUGGCAUGGUAGUAUACAAAAGGAUUGUAGUUGAUCUAAUUUUAAAAAAAUUCUUGCCUUUAAGUUAUUUUACUUUUUUUUUUUUUUUGAAAGAUGCGCAUUCUAACCUGGAGGUCAAUGUUAUGUAUUUAUUUAUUUAUUUAUUUGGUUCCCUUCCUCCUGCUCUUAAGCUUCCACAGCUGCUGCCCUAGGUUGUUGUUGGUUUUUUGUUUUUUGUUUUCUUUCCUCCUUUCCUCUGACUUUGGGACCUUUUGGGGAGGGCUGCGAUGCUUGCUCUGUUGUGGGGUGAGGGGACUCAGGCGGGACAGCUGCUACAGCUCCCUGACUUCCGUGGGGGCCCUGAGCCUACUCAUGUCAGUGGGUUUGGGCUCCCUGGGUGGUGGGGGAGGGGCAUUGCUGACUAGUGUAUAUAGGAUAGAUAUAUGAGACGCAGUUCUGGGUGGUGUGCCUUCCGGAUCCUCUCUGGGGCUGUUCUGAGCAGCAUGUAGCCUGCUGGUUUUAUCUGAGUGAAAUACUGUACAGGGGAAUAAAAGAGAUCUUAUUUUUU